AUGAGAGGAAUUCGAGGAAUAUCUACUGGCUCAGAUGGUAAUGGAACCAAAUCAUCAGCUCGAGAAACAAAUCGUGUGCAAUUGAUAACAUCACCCAAUCGAUAUCGAACCAAUCCUGCUUCAGUUGUGCAAACCAACUCAUAUCGAUUUCCUGAUGAAAUAGAAAUUUGUGCUGGACCUAUGCUAGUUGUUUAUUAUUUUGUUAAUGAAAUUAAUGAAAAUAUUCAUUUAGAAAAAAAUAUCGAAGAUGAAGGACAAAGAUUAAAUGUUACAACAGUUAAUGAUUUUGUUUGGAGAAAACGAAAAGAAAAUCAAGACAUUUAUCGACAAACAUCAUAUAAUGGAAAUCGACCGAUUUUAUAUUAA